AUGGCCAACACUCCUAUGAGCCCGUGCGUAACAGCCGACGUUGACGAGUUCACCUCCCUCGUCUCCGCCGCCUUCAGCGAUGGUAGCUUCUUCGACCACGACUCCAUCUCAGCACCCGGCACAUUCGUGGAACCAGGGCCAAUUCCUCUCAUUAAGACUCAUGGAUCAAGCCCUACCGGCUCCAACUACUCGCCACCCUCCUUCAUGCGCAAAGUCACCUCGCGCGCCACAGCGCUCAUGACUCGCGCCAGUCGUGGCACCUCUUCGCCAAAUGACAUGCCACCAAGCCCAUCGUCCAUCGUUUCUCGUGCUGCCAAUUAUCUGUCUUUACCCUCGAUCCACCGUCCCAGCCAGCAACCUACGGCCAGACCUUUGACGUAUCGCCGUGACUCCUGGAGGCCACUUAGUCUUAGAUCCACCGGCAAUUCUCUCCAAUUAUCCCGUUCCCCCAGCAUGCCUCUGAUAUCUCCGUCGUCUUAUCCGCAACGCUCGGUCUGCUCAAAAUCCCUCUCAUUUUUCGAGCUCGAUCCUCGUUCCUCGUACAUAGCACCGCGAACGCCUCCGCCUCCGCCUUCUCCGGUUUACCUGCCCUCGGUUUCGCCUUUACCGCAGACCGACUCUACAUUGCACACACCUUCCCGCCUUCUGCGUGGCAAAUUCAGCCCCUUCAGCCGCCGGAAACCAGCUGCAAUCAUCUCGUACCCCAUCCAGACAACCUUCUCUCCACCAAGUACUCCUGAUACCUCUAUAUCGUCCCCAAAUAAUGAACUCUUCUUCGACUCCUUCUCGAGCCACUCUCCCGUGACUCCAUCGCCAACCACCGCUUCAGACAAAUCAUUCCUCCAACCUCCGGAGCACGAAUUCCGAAGCAUCUUCCGUGGUGAAGUGUCUCCCAGUACAGAACACUUCCUGACUCUCGACAACGACCCUUUCAGAAGAGAUUCAGUCAAAAUCGUUCAUCCGAGCGAGAUCCAGGAGCUUCGUCAUACUCGCCGCGCAACUUAUGAUAGCUUGGUUUUGUGUCAUACACCCCCUGCUUCCCCUUGUGACACCAAUUAUUCAGUGCCUCCUUCCCCUCGUUAUGGGCAGUCAUUCCCAACGAGUUCCACGCCGAUACGGUCGCGUCAUCGGUCGUUCCAACCUCCACGGCAGCUCCACCCGCUAUACACCCAAGAGUCGCCAACCACGUUCCGUCUUCUCGAGGGACAAGAACAAGAAGUGACCGAGUCAUUUUCUCCGUCUUCUCUUGCUCCACCUCUCGAGCUAUCUAGAUCUCCAUCGCCUCCCUCUCUACCAACCAUCGAUAUUCCGGAUUCGCCUCUUGAUCUCUCCGUCAAACGUUUUCCCAGACGUAGUCCAUCACAUGGACCUUCGACUGGAGCAGGCGGCAACUUCCUUCAGCCAGGGGCGAGCUCCCAAUCCCCUCGUCUUGGCUGGCGUCGUUCCAGGACCCCGCCAGACCUUGCGCCGUUGUCGGCAGCACAAGAUACCUACCAACUCUCAGUUUCCAGUCCUUCCCUUAGUUCGUUCACACUCGUCGAGAGCAGCACACUUCCCGAGACAGAAGCCGAGGCGUUUGUCAGCCAUAGAUAUCCAACACCAGUUCCUUCAUCCGCUAUCGUGGCGCCAUUGAGGUCGAUACACACCGAUGAAUCAUUCACAAACUUCCGGCAUCCUGCUCCUCACCGCCCUAUCCAUCGCCGAGACAUCUCCCUGAACUCUCUCGCCACCGCCACUACCACCGAUACCUUCGUCACCGCCCGCUCUCGUCCAACCUCUGAGUGGCUUCGUUCGGACGAUGCGUCAGAAUUCGAUAGACCAGCGCGUUUCGACGCGUUUCCGCAAUCCACACACCCCUCUGUCGGUUUGAGGCGUUCAGAGCAGGUGUUGGUCAACGCGCCGAGCUGGCAGGCUGUGAAGCGUAGGCUUUGUGAGGGCUCUAUGGGCAACACGAUCGUGUGGGCCAUGGAUGAUAGUAGCAUAAUCAUGGUGAAAGUGGUUGGUUCCCAUGCGUCGAGUGGGGUGAAGCUCGUAUUGCAGGCACUUGGUGCUCAAACGGAUUCCAAUGUCGAUGACGGCGAGGAGACCCACUUGUCUUUCUCCGUGACACCUCCGAUGACUCUGCGCGCUAUCAUCGAGCGUGCCGGGGAGAUGAGAGUCGGCGAAGGUGUCUGA